AUGGUGCACUGUUGGACGAUGUCGCCUGCCAUCUUCUCCUCUACACAAUACGCUUUCCCACCGCUUAGGCCAUACACGCGCAUCGGAGAGCGCCUCGCCGUUUGCAUUCAGAAUCGUGAACCUGUGCUUUUGGUUGGGGAAACAGGCGUUGGUAAAACUUCCAUAGUACAGAGUUUGGCAUCGGCGGUUAAUGCUAGUCUCAAAGUUGUGAAUCUCACUCCCUCAUCCGACACAGACGAACUCAUAAGCGGGCAAGUAGGCAAGCGACGACAAAUUCUUCAUGAUUCUAAACCUUUACAUCAACUUCUACCAGACAUUUUUCCAGUACCUUUGAUGUCUUCAAAAAAUCAGAAAUUUCUAUCACAUUUAGAGGCCUGUUUAUCAUCUGGACGAUACCGAGACUAUUUGUCUGUAGCAAUAGCAACAGCUGAGAAGGCGCUUUCGAAGCAAUCUAAGAAAAAGGAUCCCCGAUGGGCGUCUGUGAUCGUUCGUGGCAAGCGGAUACGAGAAAGCCUAGAAAAUGGAGCUGCUCUUUUCGCAGUGUGUCGCGGAGCUGUGCUUGAAGCAGCACAAGAAGGGUACUGGCUACUCAUCGACGAGAUCAAUCUAGCUCCCCCGGAGAGUCUCGAUGCGAUUGUCCAUGCUAUUUUGGGCAAUGUCCACCCUAACUUUCGCCUUUUUGCUUGUAUGAAUCCAGCAACAGAUGCUGGUAAGCGACGGCUUCCAGCCAGCGUUCGAACUCGAUUCACAGAGUUCUAUGUGCCUGAGAUGACCGACGCCCACCAAAUAGCUUUAGUAGUUUCUGCUUAUCUUCCUUCGAUGAAGUCAAUCGCCGUGAGUAAUCUGUCUGCGCACACUAUGCCGUGCUUUAAUGUUCGCAGCAGAGAAUAUAUAUGUAUGGCUUUUCUCACCAAUCUUGAUGCUGUGGCUAAAGAAAAAAUGCGGGUCAAAAUAGCUCAGACAUUUCGAGUCGCGACUAACAUUCCUGUGCCCCCUCCUAAUGGAAAGGCUGAAAACUAUGUUUCGGUAGAGGGAUACUGGAUCGAACGUGGUGCAGAACUAACCUCGUACAUGGGAUCCUAUGUUGGAGAUUCCAAUGGUCGUCUGGUGUUUCGCGAAGGAGCGCUGGUAAAAGCUGUUCGAAAUGGAAGCUGGCUUCUGGAUGACAACCGCGAGCUGUACGUGCCGGAAACCAAUGCAGUUAUCAAAGCGCAUCCACGCUUCCGACUGUUUGCAACUCAAAAUCCUGCUGGAAGCUAUGGUGGCCGAAAGCGACUUUCACGAGCUCUAAUGUCUCGAUUUAUUGUGUUACGUUUUAACAACAUUCCUCUGGACGAACUCUCAUCAAUGGUAUGCGUACGUUGCGGAGUGCACCCAUCUGCCGCCACUAAAAUGAUCAACGUGCUCUCAAAGCUGCGUGUGAAACGAUCUAUUACCGGAGUUUUCUCUGCUAAGGAUGGACUUAUGACACUUCGCGACGUAUUCAGGUGGGCGAAGCGACUUGCAACAGACUCAUCAUGUGAUGAUUGGCUUCAGGUGCUCACUAAUCAUGGCUACUUUUUACUGGCUGGACGCUGUCGCAAUCAGAAAGAUGUUGCUGCAGUGGUUGAGACUCUUGAAGCGGAAUUAAAAAGGAAGAUAGAUAAAGGGCAGUUGAACACGAUUCGAUUCGUCUGUACUCACUACUAUUUUCAGCCAUCAAAAUUAUUCGCAAUGAAUUCACCGUACAUGCCGACAAACAUUGAUGCGAAAGGGAUUGUUAUGACCUUGGGUAUGAGACGAAUGCUAGUAAUGACAGAGCAG